ACAUCAUGGCUUUUUUAAAUACAAAUGUUAGUAUAGCUCCCUUUUAUAGUAUACAUCUGAGCCUGUGCUUUUCUAACAUGGGUUUCCUCUUUUAUAAGGUUGUUCUUAUGUUAUCUUUAGAGCUUUAAAGGUGUGAGUGAAAGUGUUAAAUAUACAGAUGGAGAGGCGAGUUUGGCUCCGUGCUUUGGUCUGACACACUGAAGGUGUCAUGAGGGACAUUUGUGCAGAGUGAAUAAUAAAUCUAUAGAGAAACUCAUCUUUCUUGCUUAUCUGUAAAACAUGGCAAGGGAAGUACUGCAGUGACUGUAUGUAUUCAGCUUGAUGUCAGUGCUGUAGUACGCAGCUUUUGGCAUUAGCUUCUUGCUAACAUUAGUUGUUUUCUUAUCAGUUUGGAUUCAUGAUCAUUUUACGUUAAAAAAACUGUCAUGGUCUGUCGUGCAUGGAAAGGCCUCUGUGUGCAAAUCAGCCACCAACUGGUUGAGGAAGCAUUAGCCUCUACAAGCUGUGGGGCAUGUACAUGCUCAAGUCUCAGGUUCCCAAUUUGAGUGUGUGAAUCCAAUACAGGAUAAAAUUAGGCCAGCCGGGCCUUAUAUUGCUGACGGAGCUGGGGUGGCCAAAAAAAGCCUGGAGUGCAAUCCAACGGUGGAAGCACAAGAAAGAGAGGAGAGCAAGCAGGACCGCCGCUGAAAUGGCCACCAAACUUGUGGAUCUGGUGUACUGGCGCCACAUGUGGAGGACUGGUGUGGUGUUUACAGGGCUGGUAAUCGGUCUGGCCAGCUUGUUCCAGCUUAGUGCCGUCACUGUGGUCUCCAACGUCUUUCUGGGUGUCAUGUGCAUCACCUUCCCCCUCCGUUUUUAUUAUAAGCUCCUGGAGCUCCUGCGCUGGAACCCCGGGGUUCACCCCUUUCAGUCAUGUCUGGAUUACGACAGCUCUCUGACAAAUAAGGAGACGGUGAUGCUGGUGGAGGAGAUGGUGCUGCUGAUCGCAUUUGCUGUCACAGAAAUCAAACGGCUCAUUUUCAUUGAAAACAUAUUUGACUCUAUUAAGUUUGUUGUGCUUCUGUAUCUGCUGACCUAUGUUGGUAUCCAAACUAACGGACUGACCCUGGUAAUAAGUGCUGUGAUCGCUGUUUUCUCCCUUCCUUUGCUGUACAAAAAGCAGCAGGUGCGGAUAAGAAGGAUUGCUAGAGCCGUCAGAGCUUUUCUAAAGAGAGUCAAAAGCCUGUUCUCCAGUGUGUACGAUUCGGCGGGGCCCCCUCCAGCCCCUGCACCAAAACCUGCAAUUUCAGCUGUGAAUGUGCCCAAACAGAAAGCCAAGUCAAAGUAACUGUGUUGGUCACGUAUUGAAAACACCCAGCAUUUGGGAUUUGGGGAAAGACUGGAAGGGCACAUCCUCUGGGGGGCGGCUGGAGGGGCUGCUCGUUUCCACUUCUCCACCAUGAUGUUUGUUUAUGGGAGCAAGAUAUAAUUGAUCCUGACAGCUUAAACAAAGCUGCCAUUCACUGAAGGAGAGAGAGGAUGAGGAGGUGUAUGAGGAGGGGAAUUUUAUUUACUGUGAUGCUCUCUGUGGGCAGCGUCUAAUAGAACCAGUUCACACAGUCAUACUCUUCGAGUGGGCUAUGGAUGGCACAGAACAUCACAGCUUUUUUUUUCUUUAAUAACAAGUGUAUUUUUACAUAACUAGUCCGCUGUGUUCCUGUCAAAC